AUGCCCUCUUCCGAAGAUAGCCAGAACGAUCAUCUUCACCAUCUACUUGGUGACGAUGCAUCUGACACCGAGUCCCUUCGAGAAGAUGGCCCAGGCCGUCGGACUCGACGCUGUUCGAAAUCGUCAGUGUUCACCCGGCUGGGCGCCUACUUUUUAAGCGGCCUUCUCAUAUCCUCCAUCGGCGUUUUACUCGUGCCUGACGAUGGGCACAAGGGGACGGUUGUCAAGACGUCCUUCACGAGGUGGGAGCCCUCAUCGGCCUGCGGCAACACGCCAGCCGAAGCCUUGGCCCGCGGCUGCGUCUACGACGAGGUCCUCCUGCACUGGAUUCCUCGGGAGUGCUCCAGCCCCGAGCUCAUUGACGAAUUUGUCCACGUCUGGCCCUGGAGGUUCUGGACCAGCAAGGCCGCGACGCAGGAGCUCAGCCUGGCCGAGGUGCGCCAGGGAGAUCAGGUCGAGGACAAGUGGGUUUCGUUCGGGCUGCACAGGUGGCACUGCGUAGCGACUUGGAAGAGUCUGACCUACGCUGCCAUGACUGGCACAAAGGUGCCGGCCUUUGUUCUGGACUGGAAUCACACGGUGCACUGCUCCGAUCACGUCUUGAUCAACAUGCAUCCCGGAAGCCCCUUUGACAUAAACUCCCACUUGGACAUUGAGUACACCCCCUGCGUGUCUCUUGAGAUGGAUCGAACGCUACAGCGUUGA